AACCAAAGGGGAAACGAACCAAUCGAAGCAUGGCACAAGAUGAGGAUUUUUCUUCUCGUGAAUUAUUGCUGAUCGACUCAUUUCAGAAUUGUUGGAGGCCAACUCGAUACGCAAGUAAAGAUAGUGGUCAGCUUACUUGCCCUGCAACAAAUAGUGUCAAUUUUGAUGCAAAGAAACAGUCCAUUGAAAUCAUCGUUCACGGAUUGUGGCGAUGGCUAGUCAUAGUCUCUUUCGUUGACCUUCUUAAUGGCUCAAUCUCGCACUUCAAGUCUCAGGAAGUGUCUUCGCCCAUUCAAGUACUAAAGCCUGAUAUACAAUCAGAAGACCAGAGGUCAUAA